AAGCUUUCAACCUAGAGCUCCAUCAGAAAAAAAACAAUGGAAGCUAUGUCUCAAUCCUGCACGAAGAUCAUCGCAACAAGCCUACCUCCGACAAAUCAUCAAAUCCUAGCUCCGGACAAGGCAAUCCCGCAGACCAAACCGAGCCUUAACGCGUUGAAGGAGAGGCGCUUUGCUGCUGCUAGGUGCGUGGCUUCAGGCUCGGGCUAUGCAGCGGCAGUAGAGCCAAUUACGCCAGAGGAAGAGGAAGAGCUGACUCAGAGGAGAAGUAUAUGUGGCGGAGACGCAAACAGAGGAAUGUGGGAGCUUCUGGAAUGCCUUGAGAAGGAAGCUAUCAUGGGGGAUGAUGAUGGUAGAGACCCUAAAGAUUACAACAGGAGAGCAAAGAUCUUUGACAAGAGUUCUAAAAUCUUCAAGAACAUCAAAGAACAGAGAGAUGAUCACUCUCCAGAAUAAAACAACUUUGUAAUUUAAUUAAAAAUAAAAUAAAAUUUGUAAUUUAAUUUGAGUUAA